UAAUUUAGCCAAUCCUUUGAACCAAUAUUUUUGAAAUAAUAUGGCUGACCCGCCUAGAGCCACUAAAAGAUUUAAGCAGGAUGAUGAGCCUGCUUCCGAGGUAGCUCUUUUCGCUAGAACUGAGCUACUCCAAUACCAAAACAAAGUUUUGGCAAGCCGCUUAGAAAAGCAAAGGAAAGAUAAUGAGGAAAUGAAGAAAUGUAAUGCUAAACUUGAGGGAGCCAAGUCGCAUCUUAUAUCUUCCUCUGCCUUGCUCUACCAGCAACUUUUCAUAGUUAAUGAUAAAUUAAUGUCCCUUCAUAACUGCUACGGUGCUGGGGGUUCCUUGGAGAAUGAUCUCAGAAGAUCCUCUGAGAUUUAUGAUAACUAUUCCCUCUCCAUUUCCACCGACUUUGAUAAAAUUAUUGAGCAGUCAGAGAAUUCUAAAAAUGUAAUAAAGCAAGCUGGGAUAAAAAUUUCAUCUCUCUUGGAAAAGGUAUAUGAAGAAUGCUCAAAAAGCACCGGUGCAGCUGAGUCUGAUCUCCGUGCAGAGCUACAGAGAGCUUCUGAGUACUCCCAGACUCUUCAAACCAAACAAACCGAGCACGAAACUCUAGUGAAUAAUCUCAAAGAGAAAAUUUCUGAAAUGAAAGCUAAAAUUACUGCGGACAGUCACAGAAUAGAGACCCUUGAAGUGAGAGCAGGGAGAAAUCUUCCUUAUAUUAUCUUCGAAAAUAGAGAAUUUGACACUAGUCAAUUCAAGCACGAUUGAAAAUGACACUUCUGUGGCAAGAACAUUAAAGAAAUACAAACCAAAAUAGAUGAAAUCCAGCUACAGAAGGAGAAACUUGAGGCAACCCUUGAAGAAAAUAAGCAUAAUGGAAAGGGACUUCCAAUGAACGAAGCUGAAAUCCAAAUUGAAGCUACCCGAAAAAUCAACAACGCUCUAUUUGAAGUUAUUGUAGACUUACAAAAGCAGGAGUAUAUCCAAGACCAAGAAGUGAUCCAAUCAAGAGCAUUCAAUAGGCUUCUUAGAAAUGGCCAUCAACUAUUACAGGCUUAUGAAGAGCUCCUUGAUAUUAACAAAAAGCUGGGCAACACCAUCACCCAGAAAGAAGAAGAAAAUGCCAAAAAUAUGGAGCAACUUAAGAAAAAUUAUGAAGCCUCCCUUGCUCAACUAAACUCCCAACUGCAGACAAAUGCCAUCCAAAUGAAAGUGGCUCAGAUAGAGAAGAAUAACUUAGAGAAAGAAAUGUAUUCACUCAAAUCCAUGAAUAUCGAAGAAAUCAAGAAAGAUAACCACGACCUCAAAACAGGUAUUGAGAAACUCGAGGAAGAAAGCAAGAAAGUUAAGGAUCAACUACAAGAAGCCCUGAAGGAAAAGAAGUCUCUCUCUGAGAAGACCCAAGCUCUGCGACUUGAGUAUGAUAAUUACUUGAACACUACCAUGAAAGAUAAGGAAGGCCAAAACCAGGAAAUAAUUGAAGCCCAGAGCAAGCAGAUUAAGGAUCUUACUGAAGAGCUUGCUAGUUCUCAGGCACAAGUUACCGAAACUUAUGUAGAACUUGAGGGUAUCUUCAACGUGAACCAGGAUCUUGAGAAGAAGAACAAACUCCUUGAGUCAAGAAUUGAAGCCUCUAACAAGUUGGUUGAGAAAUCUAGACAACAAAAUUUUAAACAAUCACUUGAAAAUAGCAAAUACCAGGAGGAAGUUAGACACAAAGAUAAGAUGAUUGAGAGCAUGGAAGAGAAGACUUCUGCUCUCUCCCAAAAACUCGAGCAAAAAUCUGAAGAAAUAUCCACUCUAAAUAAUAUCAACCAAACUUGCAAAGAAAGGGAGAACAUUCAAGAAGAAGCUAAAAAACUGUUGGAGGCUGAACUGAGUGAUCUUAAGAAGAAAAAUUUUGAACAAAAGCAGCAAAUUGAAGAAUUCGAAAAAUUAUUUCAAAAAACCUUCUCAAGUCUUUCCAACAGAAUGUCAAAAAUAGCUGUGAACUACCUGAAGACUGGGAGCAUACAAGACACUGGGGAUGCUGAUCUCGCUCCUGGGUCUAUAGGAGAGAUGGAUGAGAUAGAUCUAAUCAAGUACGAGUACAAAAGGUACAAAGAUAUGGUAAAAUGCCCAACCUGAGAUAAUCACAAAAAUACUAAGCUAAAGUGUACCCAUACCUACUGACGCGAAUGCGUUGAUGAAAACAUAGCAAACAGAAACAGAAAAUGCCCUAAGUGUAGAGUCAAGUUCAGUACCGGAGACAUAAUAGAGUUCAGUUUGGAAUAACAAUGUUUGCUAUAAUUAUUCUAUAAUUUUAUUAUC